GCCAGUCAUGUUGGUGAGGUUGCACGUCUCAAACAAGAUUGCGUUUCUCUUAGAAAAUGUACUUAUUUUGUGCUAAGGUAUGGAUCAAACCGGAUGAUCCUCUCACUCCCCUUUUUCAUUUCACUAAUAGGAAUGGCAAAAUGGCCAAAAUACGGUCUAAAUAUGAGCACAUGCGUAAGUAUUGUUAGAGAUGUGGCCGACUUGGUCAUCCAUUGCAGAGAUGUUACAUGAUGGAGGAACAACAGCUGGAAGCAUUUUUAGAUGCUUUCUUUACUGCCAAGGCUGCAAAGUUCAACUCACCAAUGCUUAUUGAUGUAUCCAAACCGCUAUACAAUGGAUCACUUAGGGCUCAUGCACAUAAGAAAAAGUGAUCUACUCUGCUCCCAGAUUACAAGGUGAAGGAAAUGGAGUAUUAUUAUGCUACUAUCCCAGAUCAGUACGUGGAGGAUGGAUUCACAAUCACUGAAGUAGAAGAAGAUGACCCGGUUCCAUGGUCUCCACAUAAUGAUGAUGAUGAUGGCAAUGAUCCUGAUGAUGAGAGUAAAGAUCAGGAUGAUUCUGGUGGAGAUGAGGGAGAUGAUGAUGAGCCAACAGCAGAUCCAGGAAUGGACGAGGAUCAUCACUUGGCUGAUUUUAAUGGGGACAAUUUUGUUGACGAUGAAAGCCCACCAAUUCCAAUGUCACGUUAAUACAAUUUCCACAUUGGUGUUGCAUAUGAUCCAUCAAGGAGUGCAGCCCCUGCUGCUUCUGAUGCUUAUAUAAAUGAGGGAUCCAACAGUCCAGGUGACAAUUUUUAUUCGCUUUCCUCUUAUUUCUCUGAUGAAAGUCAGUUUUCAUAUGCCUGGUUCGUUUUAUGAGAUCCCGGAUGUCCCUCCAUCGGAGGAUAUGUUAGAGGACCCUUAUUAUAUUCCUGAUCUAUUUGUACCAAAUGUAUCUGAUUACCCACCCCAUCAUAACGUCUCUCCAGUUUCUGUAUUUAACGGACUGUCUGACAGUACUGAUGAUAGUGAUAGUGAUGGUCUCAUAUCUGGCAUGCCUGCCAAGGUAAGGACUAAGUCUAGUUCUCCAGAUAAUUUUUGUUCUGAUUCCUCUGAUGGAUCGGAUUGCUCCAAAAAAUCUUCAAUCUCUGUUUACAAAAAUGGCCGUGGUGUUUUCAAGAAGCGUGGUAUUCGUAGACGCUUUCCUGCAGCCUCAGCAGUUUCAGCUCCGCAACAAUGCCAGGAUCAUUUUGCUCAAACUGACAGUGCUGAUGAGCAUUUCUGCAUGAAGGCAAGAAGAGCAGUUUCAGAAGCAGAUCUGCCAGUCUCUUACCAGCAUUCUGAAAGAAAUCCUAGUGUUAAUCAACAUCCUGCAAUGAAAUCAACUAGUAGAAGGAAGGGGGGAACAGGACGCACAUCUACUGGUUAGAGAAUGAAGGUGGCGGAUGAGGAUUUCGAUAACAGUUCUGAUUCUGAAGAGACUGAUGCAUUAUCAGGUAGUAGGAAACGUGGAUAGGAAUCAUCCCAGGAGGAACAAGGGAGGCCAGGAAAGAAGAGGGCUAAUGGUGAGACACAGAAGGAAGUGGCCAGCCUCUUUCAAGCUUUGGAAGUUGCAUGGGAGCUGUCUAUUGCUGAUACAAGUGACAAACUGAAUGGUUUUGUGGGGGUUGAACCAGAUCAACCACCUCCAGCUUCAUGAAUAUACUAUCCUGGAACUGUAGAGGUCUUAACAACACCUCUACUCAGCAUAAUGUAGGUAGAUUAUAUAAGCAUUAUAGGCCUAAGAUUUUAUUUCUUAUGGAAACUAAAGCCACUGUUGAUAGUUUGGAGGUUUGGCAGCAGACCACUCCUUUCCAAAACUCUUUUGUUGUGCUUGAUGAUGUAAAGCUUAGUAUUUUGAUGCACUCUAAUAAUGUAAUAGUAGCUAGGGUAACGGAACCCUCAGGGACAGUUUGGCUGGCUGUUUUUUUGUAUGGUCUACUUUCUCG